CGCACUUCCUCACUGUUCACACCUGGGGACUACCCUCCCCCAGGGACCUCACUGACCAGUCAAUGUUGGACGGUGUAUGACAUGUGACACCACAUGGGUGGUGUCACGUGGGUGGUGUCCUCAUGCGUGGAACAGCUCACUCUGUGAGAAGAACAAAGGAGAAAACAGCAGCCUCCUCCACAAUGCAGAAGCCACACAGCCAGACAGGACUUCACUCCACCAUUAAGCCACCCAAAUAACUUGACUCUUCAACCACACCGGAAAGGACCUCUAUUUUUUGUUUCAAGGACUAGGUAACAUUAACUGACUAAGCCUAACCUCACCCAACACAGCACAGAUAAGCAGCAGGACCCUUAACCUUUGUUAAUGUAUAUGCAGGUUAAUGUUUUGUUGUUCUAAUGUUUGCUUAGGCUGUGGUUUGUUACACAGUUAUUUACAAACUUUAAAGGAUUCAAGGACCCAUGGAAACCCUGUUUAAAGGUCACCCUGCCAGCACUUCUGUUCAACAUCUCCAGCUGUGGCGCUGUCAGUGAGCACAGGUUUGGUAAAGGUCUCUGAACAGGUGUAAUGGAACCAAACCAGAUGACCUCACUAUGACGACAAGACUUUGAGAAGUGUUAACACACAGGCAGUUGUGGUACAUUUCUGCUUGCGUACAGAUUAAACCGGUGAGAUAAGUUAGCUCUCUGCUAGCUAUACACAAUAGACACGAUCAGAAUCUGCCACUGGGUGGACCUAUUCAUGAGACAGAGACUUGAGUCUGUAGUACCAGUUCUAGGGCCUGUGUAGCGGACACUGGUGGACGCCAGUGACCGGACACAAGAUUUAUGGUAAGGACAAUGGGAUUCUCUGGAUUAUAUGGAGAGCCUCCCAUGUCCACUUUCCCAUCAUCAAACUAUCACCUGGACAGAAAACAGGGAGGAAAUGAGUUACUCUCACCAAUAAUCUAGCCUUUAAGAUAUCAUCGGAAUUCAUGGCUAGUUCAUGGAACUCAUCCCGAAUCAACACUCCUGCAACAAAUGGGAGACCAACACAAGACUCCCCACAGACUAGGGUUGCAAAAUUGCGGGAAUUUUAAAAAAUGGAAACUUUCCAUGGGAAUUUAUGGGAAAUUAUGGGAAUAAACGGGAAUAAACUGGGAAUUUUCAAAAUUGAAGGUUGGCUCUUCAUAGGGAACUUAAAUAUAGUUGAGGAAAGUAUAUUUUAGCAUAAUCUUGACCAAAACAAACAGAUGCCAUUCAAAUACACUUGAAUAUCCAUGCCAUUCCUCAAUCACAUGCAAAGAGCACACUGCUUACUGCGUGUACAGAAGAUUUCUAGAAGACUGGACCCCACUUUUGAGCCUGAAGCACAAAGACUAUUGAAGGCACACAUUUGAGCCUGUGGAAUAAACAUAUAUAAUAUAUAUAUAUAUAUAUAUAUAUAUAUAUAUAAUAUAUUCCCAGUUAGUUCCCCUAAAUUCCCAUUAAUUCCCAAUAAUUCCAAUUAUUCCCAUGGAAAGUUUCCAAUAUGGAAUAUUUCCAAAAUUCCCAAGCUUAACUUCCCAUGUAAAUUUACCGGAAACUUUCCGGAAAUUUUCUGGAAAUUUCCCGCCCCUUUGCAACCCUACCACAGACUGACACUGAGUUCAUGUUGCAUCCCUGAGAUUCACCUGGAAAUGAUAGUUGGGUGCCACCUCUUAUCAAGUAACAUGAAAAGGAACAUUUAGCCCUAUUUUUCCCGAUUCACACUCUUGACUCAUUUCUCUCACAAGAGAAAACAAUACUAUCACCUUUAACACCCUUUCAUACCCAAAGGGGGAUCUCAUGAGGAACCACAGGCCCCUGCCAUAAACCAUCCUACAUUCCAAGCUGGAGUGAUAACCAUUAUUCUACAUUUGUAAAGCAUGAUUAAAAUGUCGUUGAACUGAAUGUCCCAUCACCAGGUAAUUCAUGGAUUAUUACUCUGGAAAGAUUUCCAUAAAGUAUAGUCCAAAAUUCAUUUCUGUAGCCCAAAAGAAGGCUGAGAUAUGUUUUAUCAGUUCUAAGGUAAAUAUCCACCACGUUACAAUACUGCCAUCUAAGGACCACUCUGGACCCCUUUAUCCUCUAGGGAAUUACAGUUUUUUCUGAAUGCUUAAGCGCUAAUCAUGUUCUUGUAGCACAAUUUCUAAAACUAUUAAUACAUAUAGCAAAACCGCUCACUGAGUUAGCCAAACUAAAAGCACAAAUUCUGCUUUGCACUCAGUUUGUAAUUUUGUAACACACACUUUGCAAAACUGUAGGCACAAUUCACUGCACAGCACUCUUUUUGCAGAACUUUAAACACAACUCGCUGCUUACACUCAAUUGCCAAAUUUCCAAAACACUCCUAGCAAAAUUAUACACAUGUAUGGCUAUUAUUUACACUAUUUUGCCAACUGUCUGGCACACUUUCACAUGUGAAAACAAUUUUAGAGAAUUAGUUCACUUUGCAAUCAGCCUAAGCACUAUAAAUAAGCCACAGGUAAGCUGUCUGUGUGGAGUACAAUGGAAGGAGCAAGAAGAGUAAGAAUCAGAGGAGGCCGAGGAAGAGGACGUGGAGGUGAAGGAGUUGGAGGAAGAGGACGUGGAGGUGAAGGAGUUGGAGGAAGAGGACGUGGAGGUGAAGAAGCAAGAGGGAGAGGACGUGGAGGUGAAGGAGUUGGAGGAAGAGGACGUGGAGGUCAAGAAGCGAGAGGGUUAGAGGAAGUUAGAGGAAGAGGACAAGGAGGAGCAAGAGGAGGACGAGGAGGGGGAAGAGGAAGGGUAAGAAGAAGAAAUAGAAUAACUGAUGACAUCAGAGCAACAAUAGUGGACCAUGUCAUAAACCAUGGAAUGACCCUGAGGGAAGCUGGCCAACGGGUUCAGCCUAAUUUGAGCCGCUACACUGUAGCGAGCAUCAUUAGGACAUUUCGAAAUGAAAAUCGGUAAGUACAGUCACAUUGCACUAAGAUUUGUAGCACUGCCCUACUCUAAUGAGAAACACAACAAUACCAUACAUGCAAAAAUUCUGAAAUUGUUACUUUACAGAAUUGCUAGACGUCCAGAUGUUGGGGGCAGAGGAAGAAUGUUCACUCCAGAGCAAGAGUCCCAUAUAGUGAAUAUGGUGAUUGCCAAUAACGCAAUAAGACUAUGCGAAAUACAGCAGCGUAUAAUUGAUAAUGACACCAUCUUCCAAAAUAUACGCAGUGUGAGCAUGUCAGUACUAAGUCAUGUACUUGCCCGCAACAGAAUAAGGAUGAAACAAAUUUACAGAGUUCCUUUCGAAAGAAAUAGUGAACGUGUGAAGCAACUGCGAUAUGAGUAUGUGCAGAGAGUAAUGGAGCUGGAGGCAGAUGCCAUGGGACACGAGCUGCUCUUUGUCGAUGAGGCAGGUUUUAACCUCAGUAAAACAAGGAGGCGUGGUAGGAACAUUAUUGGACACCGUGCAAUAAUCAAUGUCCCAGGACAACGUGGUGGUAACAUCACCAUGUGUGCAGCUAUCAGCCAAAAUGGUGUUGUUCACCAUCAUGCAACUAUUGGCCCAUAUAACUUUGCACACAUGAUUGCAUUCCUGGACACCUUACACGACAUUCUCACUGUUCAGAGACCAGAGCAGACCCGAUAUGUUAUCAUAUGGGACAAUGUUAGUUUCCAUAGGGCUGCUUUGGUCCGCAACUGGUUUACCGAUCACCCACUCUUCAUGGCACUCAACCUCCCCCCAUACUCUCCAUUCUUAAAUCCGAUUGAAGAGUUCUUUUCUGCCUGGCGCUGGAAAGUCCACGACCGCCAUCCCCAUCAACACGCAGCCCUUUUACAGGCAAUGGAGGAGGCAUGUGGAGAUAUUGAGCAGGCAUCAUGUCAGGCCUGGAUACGGCAUGCAAGGAGGUAUUUUCCCCGGUGCCUUGGACUGGAGGACAUCGCAUGCGAUGUAGAUGAGAUUUUGUGGCCGGACCCAGAGAGACGGCAUGAUGUAGGCUGAUUGUCUUUUUUUUGUGAAUUUAUUAUUUUGUGUUCUGUGCUGUGUCUUUGUUUUGACGAGUGUGAAUAAACACCAAUACUUGAAGUUUGGAUCCCUGUGUGUUUACAGAACUAUGACAAAAGUAUGACCUCAAACUGACCUAGCCUAUCUUGUGCACAGAGAAAGCAAAAGCCAGAUGUGUUUUGUAUUCAUACCAUCAGUGUGUAGUUGGCACAUUAUGUGCUUAGUAAAUGAUGGCAUGUGUUUACUGUUUGAUACGAAAACACCAUUUUUACUAAGGUGUGAAGAGUUAAUCAAGCUGUGUUCGCUUUUGCAAGAGAACUAUAACGUUUUGAUAAUUUGGUGAAAGGUUUUCUCAUUUGUGUGUAGAGUUUAGCAAAAAUAGCCAAUGUUGCAAAAAAUGUGCUUAAGCAUUCAGAAAAAACUGUAACUGAUAGACAAUCCAAUACAUCACUUUAAUAUUACUAUUUGAUGUUGUAGCUUUAGCCAUAUAUUUGUGUGGUUACGAAUUGUUAUCUUUUCAUUAGUCAAUGUAUUCUAUGUGUACUAUUACCCAUGAUUAUAUUAUUAGUUUAUUCUUAUAUUCCAAACUGUAGCUAGGUAGUUGGUAUAGGCCGUUGCCAAAAUGAAUGGGCCAUGGUGGGAGUAGAAUAUGCAACACUUGCGCGUAAAACCAAAUUAAACAAAACAACUGAAGGUUUUAUUUCUCUCUUUCUUUAUUGAAACAAAGAAAGAGAAGGAAAACCUAAGGGGUGGCGACGACUGUCAAGGCCCCCCCCCCCGGCUACACACACCCCAAGGAUAAAACAGCUGGAUCCUCCAGCGCACGCACUUACUCUUACACUUACGUCUCUUACGCUCUUGACGCUCACUUGCGCACUAGCUCACAUUUGUUUUCUAGUACUAACUUUACUUUGUUAAUUUGGUACCAACCUCGUCAAGUUUUCCACGUGUUCUUUAUCCUCAAUUUUCUUACACUUUUAUGCGCGAUUUUUGUCUUUAUUACUUAAGCAAGCCAACUUAUCUGGCAAAGUAAAUUAAAUACUAGCGCUUAUUCUGCCAUCAACCUCCGGCCCUCCGGCUACACGCCUUACCAGGUGUUUAGUUAGUAAAUAUUAUCAACGUGACGUGUCGUUGCCCUGUGUUUCUUUGAAGUGAAGAUCGGAGAUCACUGUAAUCGAGAAAUCACAACUUUGAAUGUGAAAUUGAUCAAAAAAAAUUAAUCCAUACUUUUAAUCAAAUUGUCCUCCCUGAGGACUGGUGUCCCUUUCAUUAACGAGAGCAAAUUUUAAAUUGUGGUAUUCACGCUACACCUGCAUGCAGCUAACCUUCUCCCUCUAUCCUGGUACCUUUCAGACAAGAUGAGCUAGACUAACAAAGAAACUCACACCCUCCCUCCCCCUCACCGUCUACUGCCAUCUUGUGUAGUCUGCUUUAUUCAGGCAAUGUGGUCACAAUUACCAUUUUGAAUCGGCCACCUUGCCUUUGUCUGGUGUGUUUAAUGUUGCACAAAUAUGAGUAUUGCCAACCACUACUCAGUAGAACUUCAACUAACCCUAACUGUUGAUAUGGCAAUUUGGUUAUAGUUAUUAAGUUAAUUAUUAAUCAUCAUAAUCAAGUUCCAGAUUAACAGUAAUAAUUUGAGCCUGAACCAAUACUGACUAUUUUGCCUAUGUUUCUGGCUGGUGCCCCCGAUGACUUUAAUUCAUUUUAAAGUUAUUAUUUAAUAUUAAUGUUUCAUAUUAAUAUUUCUUAAUUUAUGAUAGCCAAUAAACUGAUAAACAACCAAAAGCCCAACAUAGGUGCAAAGCACAGACCCAACCACAGAGAAUACAAAUAGCAGACAUACACAGUGUACAGAUAGUAGACGUACAAGUAGUACAGACAGUAGAUGUACACAGUGUACAGACAGUAGAUUUAUAGAGAGUAAAGACAGUAGAUGUAGAGAGGGUACAGACAGUAGUUGUAGAGAGAGUAUAGACAGUCAAUGUACAUAGAGACAGUACAUGUACAGAGAGUAGAGACAGUAGGUGUACAUAGAGUACAGACAGUAAAUGUAAAGAGAGUGGAGACAGUAUAUGUAGAGAGAGUAUAGACAGUAGAUGUACAGAGUACAGAAAGAAGAUAUACAUAGAGUACAGACAGUAGAUGUAGAUAGAGUAUAGACAGUAGAUGUACAGAGAGUACAGACUGAAGAUGUACACAGUGUAAAGACAGUGGAUGUACAGAGAGUACAGAAAGUAGAUGUUCUUGUUGUUUUUACAACACCAGCAGCUACUGUCUGUUUCGCCUCACAUCUCUCCCUCUGUGUCCUCAGUACCUCAACUUCUCGGGUUUAACAGUAAAAACCCUAAACAUCUGAUUAUCUAACCUGAACAGUUAAAAACAUCAUGGGGACU